AUGCUUCGUCAAUCCAUCGUUAGAGCCGUCCGUUUCAACUCUACUGUUGCCAAGGCAGCACCAAGACCAUUGUCCAGCGCAUACGUCAACCACUUGGAGACCAGAUGGAACAAAUUGCCAAAAGAAGACCAAACUGCCUUGAUCGAUGAGUUGAAGGCUAGAAUGGAGUUGCCUUGGCAAGAGUUGACCAGUGGAGAGAAGAAGGCUGCUUACUACAUCUCCUUUGGUGAGUGGGGUCCAAGAAAGCCAUUAUACGCUCCAGGCGACAAGAGCAAGAUUUUCUGGGGCACUGUCGCCGGCUUGCUUGCCGGUGUUGGUUUGUUUGCCAGUCUUAGAAUGAUGGCUCCUGCUGACCCAAUCACCUUGAACAAGGAGUGGCAACAAAAGUCGGACGAGUACUUAAAGUCCAAGAACGCCAACCCAUUCACUGGCUACUCUCAAAUUCAGUAA